UUCAGGAGUUCAAACUCAAGAUGUCCUGAAGAUGGUACAGUGCUGAAAAAAGAACAAGUGAGUGGUUCAUAUUUACAUAUUUAUAUUCAGGCACUUUUGUUCCAAGCGUGGUAGGCAUCUGAGUCAUACAAAAAUGUUAAAUGAUGCCAGCGGGCAUAAUACCCAAAUGUUUGGUUACAUGUAUACUUAAUAGUUACAUUAUCAGAAUAGUGGUAAUUACAAUCGUGGACGUAACGCUCGAGACCGUUUCUGUCAACAUUGCAAAGUUGAUGUACAUUGACAAACAAAUUUCAUCACCCUUUCUUCCCGAGUUCAAUGUUGUGCACAUCCCCAACAAUAACUUUUACUAACUUUUGGUAAUUUACCAUGCACGACACAAGCUCAACAUUUGGCUGGGGGAGUGGCAGUUUGUUUGGACAAAUCACUGGAUCAUUGAUUUUUGAAACUAAAAACUAAUUUCCCAUCAAUCUCUGCAAUCAGGUUAUCCAUCCAAUUUAAUUAUUUAAAUUUAUUGCAGCUGUCAUAAACAUGUACGUUUUAGCUGCAUUUGAAAAUGAAAAUCACUCGAACCAUGAGCUUAAAUGGUUUAAUAUUAAUCUCUUUCAGGUGUUUCCCGAUGCUUUCACUAAACGUGAGCUCAAUGGAUUAUGUUUGCAUUGUACCAACCAAGGCUGUGCUUGGCAUGGCACUUAUGAAGCACUCGAGGUGAGUUGGGGUGGUAGAAGGAGAGAGGGAGAAAGAAAGAAAGUUGUUGACUCUCAUUUACAUAGCAGCAACAAAUGAAAUUAAGACAAUCCAACUUAUAAUGGAACAAUUUCUUUGUGAUUUAGGGACAUUCUGCUGUCUGUGAACAUGGUUUGAUAAACUGUGUCCAUACACAAUGCAAGAUGAAAUUCCAACGCUCUCAUCAGGCCGAACACUUGAAAAGGGAAUGUGAAUAUCGGAAUGUGAAGUGUGAUUAUUGUGGGAAAGAUGCCACCUUUGCCUCGAUGAAAGUAAGUAAAAAUAAAUAACUUUUGAGAACAGUUCGAACAAUCCAGCAAGUUACGUCGUCAUGUAAUUAACCUCGAUCAAACCUCGUAAUUAUCCUUGAACCAGUACGGUAUACUCAGUUUGACUCGCUGUUCAUCUAGGAACAUGUUGAUACGAUCUGUGAAGAUGCGCCCGUGACUUGCAGAUACUGUAAGGAAGAUGUCUUGAGAAAAGACAUUGAAAGACACAAGAGACGCGAUUGCGAUGAGGUUCCGGCGACUUGCGAGUAUCAAGAUGUAGGAUGCAACCACGAUAAGGUAAUAAAUAGUUACUUGCUGCAUUCGUUGACACACGCAGGUUUUCUCUCGAUAAUUUUGUUACAGUUCCUCCUGUUCUAACUUUGCACCAAUGUAGGAUGUCCCUUCGCCUUAUUAGAACUAUCCAGUAUAAGCUUAGUUCAGGUUUCUACGCGUACUGUGAUGAUAGCAAUGGGCAGUAAGGGAUGAGUAGUACAAAUAAAUAAGAUUUACCUCAUUUAACCCGCACCAGUUACCUCAGAACUCUUCUUCUAUAUUCUAGUUGGAUGGCCCUUAGUAGACCUCUGGCCAGUCUGAGAUGUUAGUGGUAUAAAUUUAUUUUAAGUUUUCUAGGAACAAAACCAAUUCAUUCAUACUUGUGAUUUCGCUCUUUUAGUGUGAAAAGUUAUAAAGUGCAUUACAAAAUCUUGAAUUUUUAACUUCACAACUUUGAUAAUAAUUCCUCUCAAAAAACAUGGAAAAUGAUCUCGAGUGAGGCUUCAAAAGGCUAAAAAAAAUUUCGGGUGGGGGGCAUACUUCCAGUCCUCUACCCUUAAGGCUCAUCGACACGAUACGACUAGUACAGUCGUAUCCGAUUCUUAUCCUGGCGUAUGUACUCGAAUAAAUGCGUGUAAAGAUGUCACAUUUCAGACUUCGCCAUAAACUGAUGAACAGGAAUAGUACAUUACAUUAUUAUUAUUAUUAUUCAGCUCGCUCUCCAUUGGGGCUUUUCAGUGACCGUUUACUUCAAGUAUUACGAGUAAUGAAAAGUUGUUUGCUGUUUUUCAUGUAUCUGAUAGUUAAGACUAAAGCCGGUUUUCCACUUCGCCCGUAUCGUACCGAAACGUGCUGGUGAGCAUGUGCAGAUUGAAAAGAGGUUUAUAAAUCCACGUACUUCCGGAUGUAUUCGCGUAUCAAAAUAAAAAGUUCGUUGUAAGUCAACUUUUUGGCGUACUACGGAAGUACUAACCAAUCAACAAUCACGAAAUUUUGAAAUUUAAAAACGUUUUUGAUACGUUUCGGUACGCUUGAAGUGGAAAACCGGCUAGCCCGCGUGCCGGCCCAAGGGAACAAUAGUGGGCCUGCAAGCAAGACCCGGUAUUUUGUAAAACGCCCCUUUUCAUAACACGCCCCAUUCGCGCGUCAAUUGUCAAAAAAGAACCAAUGACAGCACCCAAAUAUUUUAAAUGCAUUAAAAUGUUGCGGGGGUUUUCUCUGCUUAUUCAGAACAUAAACAAUGUGUAAAUGGCUGCGUUUUAACUCCAGGAAAGCAAGCAACGCAGUCAGUAAUUGCCAAAUUUGCAAGUGCUCAUUUUCAACUAAAAUCGGAACAGGCAAAUUAGGACGAAUUUCAACAGAAAACCAGUCUCAAACUUCAAAUCGUGAGCGAAGUCGUGCGACCAUACCAGCACUAAUGUGUGCUUCGCUGUCCCCAUUGUUAUAAAUAAAUUGUCUCACUUAUCACAUCGUGUGUGCAAUUCUUGUUGGCGGCGGAAGGUACGAAAUUUAUUUCAGUUAUUUCAUUUGGUAAAGAACUCUACAAAAGAAGAGAGCGUUCAGAGUCCAGAUCGUUUCGUUUCAGACGGCAAUUACCGUCUUCUGUUUCGCUUUCUCAGCGAAGCCUUGCAAAUCUCAAAGCGUUUCGAAUAGGCUUACAUGCAACUGCCUCUAAAUCUUCCUCUAAAUCAUGAGUCAACAUCAACGAAAAGAUAAUUUCUUCAGGAACAUAACGUAUCAAGUCUGUUUGAAAUUAAUGAAACUCAAGUAAAGGUUACUAUAGUUUACUGGUUUACCCCAGUCGUAAUGUUGCUAUUCCAACACUUCACAACAAGCAAUCCCCAUUGGCAUAACGGCAAAACCAUCUCUUCCUACAAUUUUCGAAUUUUAAGCUUAUCGAGAGCCUUUGUGAUGAAUCUCAGAUCUAAUUAUAGAAUCCAACAGCAAACAGCCAAUCAGAAUGCCGCGUUCUGGGCGAACGCAGAAAGUACGAAAUACCGGGCCUUGCUUGCAGGCUCACUAUUCUUCCCUUGGGCCUGCACGCGGGCUAGACUUGUUACAAUUAAGGUUGUUAUAACAAAUCUGAUACAGUCAUGAUAUAAGAAGAAUGUUACAAGGUAAAUUGACAAUAUUGUUAUAUCAUGACUGUAUCGGACCUGUUUGAACAACCUUGCAAAACAAACAAAUCUAAUAAUAUCAACAAUGUUGUUACAAGUUGUUAACAAGUUGUUCCAUGCUUGUUGAUAUAACUCUUGGAACAAUCAGUGGGAGCACAACUUGUUGGCAGACUUGCUACAAGAUGUGAGCGAAUGCUCAACUGCCCAAUAAUCUUCUAUAAUUUGUUAUUCAUCUUUGAUACAAUUUGUAGACUUUGAAGCGAAAGGAACUGCGCCAACAUUUGAAUGAUGGAUUGAUAUAUCAUGGUGCACAACUACUGCGGUAUACUCUUGCCGUUGCUUCUCAACUAAACGACUUCAUCCCACGUUCAGAAUAUACUGGGAUGUCGCAGAGAAUUCGCGACGACAUCAUUGAGGUUCGCUCUGGCUUAGCUGAGAAAUUCGUUAUGGUUGUCGGGAAGUUGACUGGCUUGGAAAGACGGAUUGAAAGCUUGGAAUCCAGUGGUGAGAGUAAUACAAGGAUUAGAAAUGAAGUGCAUGAGCUACAAAGUAAAAUUAGAGACCUUACUACUGAAAGCGGCAACUUACGUGAACGGACUAUGAGUUUAGAACGAGAAGUGAGAGAUAAGAUCUCAAUUAUUGAUCAUUUUCGAAGUAGGAUGGAUCAAAUGGACGAGUCUCUUGCUUUGAAUACAGUCAAAAUUACCGAUUUGGAUUCUCGAAGAGGUCCGCGUGCACAACAAGCUAUCCACAGUUAUAAUGGCACUUUACUCUGGAAGAUUGAAAGUUAUCAGAGAAAACGGCAAGAUGCUAUUAAUGGAGUGAAGACGGCCUUGUACAGUCCACCUUUCUACAGCGCUCAGUAUGGUUACAAGAUGUGUGCUAAAAUAUAUUUGAAUGGGGAUGGUUUCGGAAAAGGAUCGCAUUUGUCGUUGUUUUUCGUUGUGACGCGAGGCGACUACGAUGCUCUUCAAAGCUGGCCAUUUCAAAAGAAGAUCACGAUGAUGCUGUUGGAUCAAGGCAAUGGAGAUCACAUGAUCGAUGCGUUUAAUUCAGAUCCUCAAAGUUCAUCUUUUCAACGUCCGAAGUCUGAUAUGAAUAUCGCUUCGGGUUCCCCGCUCUUUAUGCCUCUUGAUAGCUUGAAUAAUCGUCAGUACAUCAAGGAUGAUGUCGUGUUUAUUAAGAUUAUCGUGGACUGAUGUAGAUU